AUGGCCCCUGGCUCGUUAUUGAAGGGCAUUUUGCUCAGUGCUUUGCUGGCAACAGCCGGAGAAGCUGGUGCCUCACAGAAAGUCCCAGUCAACUCUUCAGCUGGUGCACCACUAUUUGAAUGGGAGACGACUCAGUUGACCGAUCAUGCAAUCGCGAAGCUCAACCGAAAUCAGGCAGCGUUGGUUGGGUUUGGCGACGAUACGCCAAACACCACACGCUCUUCGGGAACUUGCAAAACUUUUCCUGGUGAUCGCCAAUGGCCUUCCCAUUCUACCUGGUCAACCUUGAAUAACCUUCUAGACGGAGCGCUGAUCAAAAAUGUGCCGCUCGCUGCAUCUUGUUAUUCGUCAUGGCCUCAAUAUGAUAGCAACGAGUGCGAGAAACUUACUGCGCAGUGGACUGAUUCUAAUAUUCAUGCCGCCGACCCAGCUUCGGUCAUGUGGCCUUUGUUCGAGGGCAGGUCUUGUCUCCCCACCGCGAAUGCGUCGUCAAGCUGCACCAUUGGCGGAUACAGUACUUAUUCCGUGAAUGUGUCAAAUGUUGCUCAAAUUCAACUCGCCGUCAACUUUGCUCGCAAUGAAGGCAUUCGCCUAGUUGUUAAGAAUACCGGACAUGAUUUUAACGGCAAAUCAAGUGGUGCAGGUGCUUUGGGAAUCUGGACUCACAAUCUCAAGGACAUGGAAUACCUUGAGAACUACCACGGCUCGGGCUAUCUGGGCCCAGCUGUCAAAUUGGGUGCCGGAGUCCAGGCCCAUGAAGUAUAUGAAUAUGCCGAAAAAUUUGGGUUCACUGCAGUUGGUGGUGAAGGCAAGACCGUGGGUGUCGCAGGGGGCUACGUGCUGGGUGGAGGGCAUUCACCCACGUCUAGCUUGUUGGGACUGGCCGCGGAUCAGGUCCUGGCGCUUGAAGUCGUUCUCAGUAAUGGACGUUUCGUCACAGUGUCCAAGGAAAGUCACCCCGACUUAUUUUGGGCAUUGCGAGGCGGCGGUGGAGGAACCUACGGCAUUGUCACUUCUAUUAUCUCUCGUGUCUACCCUAAGGUGGGCGUGACGGUAACGACAUUCAACUUUUCCACUGGCAAGAAUGUCUCCGUUGAGGCCUUCUGGGCUGGUGUGCGAUCGUACUUGAAUCGCUUCCCGGCCCAUGCCGACGCCGGCACAUAUGCCUACUUCUGGGUCAUGUCGACAGGUCCAAAUGCCUUCACUUUCCUGAUGAACCCCUUCUUUGCUGUCAACCACACACUGAGCGAAUACAACGCUCUCGUGGAGCCAUGGUACAAUGAGCUACACUCACUGGGAAUUCAAUUCCAACCCAACUCAACCUACUAUGAUAAUUUCUAUGAUGCAUGGAUGUCAGGAUUUCCCCUCGAGACUGUUGCCUCAUCGACCAUGAUGACAGGCAGUCGUCUGUUCCCACGCUCCAACUGGGAAACCACAGAGUCUUUCAAUAAUACUUUCAAUGCUCUUCGUUCCACCGUCACUGCUGGUUUCCCCUUGCUCGCAUUCAAUAUGAAAGCUGAGCUGCCGGCAGGCUUCACCCCGAACUCGGCCAAUCCAGCUUUCCGCCAGACUCUAAUGCACGCCAUCACAUCAACAAGCUGGACAAAUACGACUUCUAACACAGCCAUCAAAGCCAAGAUGGAUCAUUUCACCAAUGACAUCCUUGGCAAGUGGCGCGCGGUUUGCCCCGACGCCGGUGCAUACAUGUCGGAGUCCGAUAUCCAAGAGCCUCAGUUCCAGCAGUCGUUCUAUGGCUCGAAUUACAAGCGUUUAUACCAGCUCAAGAAGCGGUAUGAUCCUACUUCUCUAUUCUAUGCACCCACUGGUGUUGGUAGUGAAGAUUGGACAGUGAAAAGCAUUGAUGGCCUUCCGGACCAGAAUGGUCGUCUGUGUCGUGUUUAA